AGCGGCGGCAUGCGGCGGCUGAGGGCUGCAGCAGCGCGGCGCGGCGCCCCACACAGCGCACGCCGCCGCGCGCCCCGUGCGCGUCUCACGCUUGUCAGUGUGACUCGGCCGCCGCGUGCUCUCCAUCUUGCCUCUCAACCACAACAACCGCAGCUGCUGCCGUCCAGCAUGGGCAAGUUCUACGACACCAUCCCGACGUCGCUCAUCCCGUGGCUGGCCGCCCAGCCGCUCUUCUUCGUCGCCACUGCGCCGCUCGCAGGCGGCAACGUCAACUGCAGCCCAAAGGCCACCGAGGAGAAUGGCCGCGUGCUUCUGCAUGUCCUCGACGAGCGCCGUGUGCGCUAUCUGGACCUCACAGGCAGCGGCAACGAGACGCUGAGCCACCUGCGCGAGGAGGGCAACGGCCGCAUCACCGUCAUGUGGCUCAACCUCGUCGAGGGCGCGCCGCGCAUCGUGCGCAUCUUCGGCAAGGGCACCGUACACGAGCGUAUGGAUCCGCAGUCGGCAUUCAGCCGUCUUGCGCCGCCAGAGGCCCAGCUGCCCGUCGGCGUCCGGGCGCUGAUCGACAUCGAGCUGCACAUGUGCUCCACGUCGUGCGGCUACACGAUCCCCAUCUACGCGCCCGUGCGCGCCCGCCGGGCACUCGAGGAGUUCGCGCACAGGCAGGUCGGCAGUCCACCAGCGCCGGAGCACGAGGGCGUAGUCCACAACGGGCUUGGCUCGUACUGGAUCAAGAACAACACGCUAAGCGUCGACGGGCUGCCAGGCCUCGCAUCGUUUCAGAUCCAUGCAAGCGAGAGCGAGCAGGUCCGCCUGCUCGAGCGGAGACAGCUCUGGGACCGCAAGGCGCCGCCAGCCAUCGAGCCAGGGGCUGUCUCGGACCCUCCGUGGCCUGCCGCCAAGGCUCCCCCACCUGCCGUAGCAUCUCAGCGCCGCCCGUCUCUGCUGAGCGCCUGUCUGCUCGCGCUCGUCAUCGGCCUGGCCUCUGAUCUCCCUAGCGAGGCCACCUUCCUGGUGCGGUCGUGCAUCCGUGCCGCUGUGGCUCUGGCGGUGAUGCAGCUCAUGUCGCGAGCGUGACGGUGCAAUGUAGCUACUUCUGUGCAUG